GUACAUGUUUGCAACGAAGCAUUUAUUCGGAGACGUGACAGCGACUAUUCAAUUUAGACAAAUUAAAAGACACGGAUGAUCGACCGUGUCUAAUAACAUAAUAAUCUUCGAGAUAGAAUUCUAUUAAACUUCGGACUGCUUUGAACUCGCUUCGAGUCCCCUAUCGAUACGAUGUUUUGUCUCGGCGAAACGACAGGCUGUCAAUGAAAUGACCGUUGAAUUUACAGAUGCACCGAUAAUAUAUAUCUCCGAGAAAUAACUAUAAACAAGGAAGAGAACUCGUCGUGCGUAAUUCGAUUCGUUAGUGAAAUAAAUUUUUGAUCGUUUAGCAUGUCCAGAUAAUGAUAUCUUCAUUCCCGUCGUACGACGAAGAGCUCUUGAACAGCGCCUAUGCGAACAUAAGUCUGAUCGCCGACAAAGCCUGGACCUUCGACGCGGGAAACCCGUUUCGAAAGUUGAAUCGCUCUUUGUGGAUUCAGAACUGUAAGCUGACUGCAAAGUACAAGGAAAACGGUAGCUAUCGACCGAGGCGCGUUCGCGACGUAAUACCGGACUCGCGUUUGGCAACUUAUGACGAUUACGAGUACAACGAGGAACACGAGGGCCCUUACAGACAGCACGACAAUGCGACGUCCGUUCCUCAGCCUAAUUUCUGUUGGACGGAAGUCACCGAGCCCUGGAUGCUGCCCGAGGUGGAGGAACGUUUCGCCUGGUUAAUUGCUGGCGGGGCGCGAGCCAAUCGUGAAUUCUCAGCGGUAAGGCUGCCAGAUCCUGAGGACCUAUCGAACACGGGCCACGGUUUCGAGAUGCGUUGGGAGGACUCUGCGCAGAGUCAACGCAACACGCGGAUGUCUAGCCCGAUGAGGAAGAGCCACGAAUCCAGAACCGAGUCGCGACUAACCAAGGAAACCAAUCUGAUCGAGCCAGAUCCAGACCAAAAAUUCGUCUGCUACGGGCAUCGACGUUACACCAUCGAGAAUCCCAUGGAGAUGCAGCUGCACGUUCGCGUGACCAGCGAGGCGGUUCGUAACCUGUGGAAGUCCGGUACAAGCCAGCAACAGUUCCCCCAACAGAGGAUGUCCUCGCAUCAGACAGCUACGAAUCAACGCGAGCAAAGUUGGCAGAGCAAGGACCGUCAACAGCAAUUCUAUUACACGCUUCAGUAUCGACCUUUGAUACUGAGAACAGAAUACCAGGCUGCGCGAACGGAGACCUACGGAAUCCCCAGGAAACACCUGUCGCCGGUCCUCAGCCCGGAAGUGCCAGAGUUCUUUCCGAAAGUACCGCUGACACGGUUCACCGGCAACAAGGAGCAAACCAACAACCGUAUGCGCUACUUCCCAUCGUUGAACGAGAGAAGCUACCAGAACGAACUGUUCCCUUACAACAGGACCCACGAAAACGCUGGGGCUUUGUAUCAGGUUAUUAGUAAUGCUUUUACUGGGUGUACAUUAACGGUGUUCGAUAUUGCCGCCCACACCAACAACUACCAAACCUGUUCAGACAGUAGAUAUCCAGCCUGGUGCUAUGAUUUUCCUCCGCGUAAACACAAAGUUGGAAAUUACGUACUCGUCGGUGCAAAGAAAAAACACUUUUUCAACCAUUUCAGCUUUUGA